AUGAGGAUUGUAUCUCAAGAAUGGAAGCUUUCAUUGACAAUACUAGUACUAGUGUUGUUGUCAUGCACACCAUUCUCAUCAGCUGUUUCUAGGAAGACAAAUAAAAACAUCAAAACAAAUGUUUUUCUGUCUCCCAAGAUUGAACUAAGUCCAGGAUCUGUUUCCAACAAACUAUAUUUCGAUGUUGAUUUUCCGAGAGGCCAUAUUUCACUCAAGAGUUUCAACGCUGAACUAGUUGAUGAUGCAGGAAAUUCUAUACCUCUCUCUCAAACUUAUCUACAUCAUUGGAUUUUUCUAAGAUAUCACCAACCCAAAAAUGUGACACAUGAUAGCCAAUCAAAUAUUACUUUUGUGAGAAAUAGUGGAUUUUGCCAAGAGAAUGUUUUUGGACAAUACUAUGGUCUUGGAUCUGAAACAAGAGGUACAGAAACAUAUAUUCCGGAUCCUUAUGGGAUAGAAGUUGGUAAUCCUGAUGAAAUUCCAAAAGGGUAUGUGGAGAAAUGGAUGUUUAAUAUUCAUGCUAUUGAUACAAGGGGUGUGGAAGAUAAGAUGGGGUGCAUUGAGUGUAAGUGUGAUUUGUAUAAUGUUACAAAAGAUGAAGAUGGUGUAGCUUUGAGUCCAGGUUAUAAAGGAGGUUUGCAGUGUUGUCCUGAUAAUAGCAAGUGCAAGAUGGUGAAAGGGUUUUUAGGUUCAAAGAGAAGUAUUUAUUUGAAAUACACAGUUAUAUGGAUGAAUUGGGAUACCUUUAUUGUGCCUGCCAAGAUUUAUAUAAUUGAUGUAACAGAUAGUUUGAAGAUAUUGGAUAAGUCUAAAGGAAAGAGUGUAGAGCAUGAUUGCAAGAUAGAAUAUGAAGUUGAACCUUGCAGCAAAAGUAAUGUGAAUGGUAGUGAUUGUGUUGAUGUGAGGAAAUCAAGCUUCCCAAUGCAAAAUGGUGGUUAUUUUGUCUAUGGAGUUGGUCAUAUGCAUGUAGGUUCAAUUGGAACAACUCUAUAUAGAAAGGAUGGGAAGGUUAUAUGUAGUUCAAUCCCAAUAUAUGGAAAUAGAAGUGAAGCAGGAAAUGAGAAAGGAUAUGUCGUAGGAAUGUCCACUUGCUACCCUCAGUUAGGCUCAAUCAAGAUACUUGAUGGUGAAACUUUAACUCUAGAAGCUAAAUACAACAACAGCAUAAGGCACUCUGGAGUAAUGGGACUUUUCUACUUCUUGGUGGCCGAAAAGCUACCACACCAUCAUAUGUUUAACGUUCCUACCAUUUAG